UGACAUGGCUGAUUGGGGAGCCGAUGAGCCAUCCUCCAGGACAGGGAGUCCGGAUGGGGAAGGUCAGGUCUCUGAGGACAGAUGGUCGCUCCAUCAGAGACUGGCCAUCAGGGAGCUCGUUGACACGGAGGCCUCGUACUUGCAGAUGCUCCAGCUCUGUGCCUCGGACAUCAGGAGCCGCCUGCAGCAGCUGCCGCAGGGAGAUCUGGAUGUCCUGUUCUCAAAUAUCGAUGAUAUCAUCAAGGUGAACAGCAGAUUUCUUCGGGAUCUGCAGGAGACAGACUCCAGGGAAGAGGAACAAGCGCAGCUAAUUGGUAACUUAUUCCUGGAAUUCCAGGAGGAGUUGGAGCGAGUCUAUAAGGUCUACUGUGCAAACUAUGACCAGGCCUUGCUGCUGGUGGACUCGUACCGGCGGGAGCCAGAGCUGCAGCGGGAGAUCCAGGACAUCAUCGAGGCCGUGGUGCCACAAGCUGGACCCUCAGGCCUCAGCUUCUUACUGGUCAGCCCUCUGCAGAGGAUUACCAAGUACCCACUGCUGCUGCAGAAAAUUCUGGAGAACACGCUCCCUGAUGCCAGUGCCUACCCUGUUCUCCAGAGGGCGACCUCUGCCCUCCAAGAUGUGAACACCAACAUCAAUGAGUACAAGAUGCGCAAGGAAGUGGCCUCCAAGUACACCAAGGUGGAGCAGCUCACUCUCCGGGAGCGGCUGGCCCGCAUCAACACACACACCCUCUCCAAGAAGACCACACGGCUGAGCCAGCUGCUGAAGCAGGAGGCGGGGCUCGUGCCCAGGACGGAAGACAAGGAAUUUGAUGACUUAGAGGAGAGGUUCCACUGGGUGUCGCUGUGUGUGACUGAGCUGAAAAACAACGUGGCUACUUACCUGGACAACCUGGAGGCUUUCCUCCGCUUCCGGCCGCAGGAAUGCGACCUGGAUGUCCCUGAGGGGCCUGUGGGGCAGUACCGCAACCUGGCAGGGGACCUGCAGCUCCAGGCCUUCCCUGAGUUUAAGCAGCGACUGGAAGGCCUGGUGUGGCGGCCACUGUGCAACCUGGCCAAAGCCCUGGCCGGCCCUCGGAACCUGAUCAAGAAGCGUCUGGACAAACUACUGGACUUUGAGCGGCUGGAAGAGAAGCUGCUGGAGGUGGGCAGCGUGACCUAUGAGGAGGAGGCGGCGCGACACACGUACCAGGCGCUCAACUCCCUGCUGGUGGCUGAGCUCCCGCAAUUUAACCAGCUGGCCGUGCAGUGGCUGGGCCAGAUCCUGCGCACAUUUGUGGCUCUCCAGAGGGACCUUGCAAAGCAAGUGCUGCUGAGGGCAGAGGGCAGCAUGGCCCAGCUACCCCACCGCCAGCUCCCUGAGCCAGCCUUCAGGAAACUGGUGGAGGACGCUCUCAGCCAGACCACUCACCAGCUUCGCUCCUUUCAAGAGAACUUCGAGAAAGUGCUGCCACCUCCCACUGUACAUCCACUCCUUCCAGGGGCUGAGCGCCAGGUGCAGGCCCUCCUGAGCAAGUAUGGCCCAGGAAAGCUGUACCAGGUGACGAGCAACAUCAGCGGGGCUGGGACUCUGGACCUGACACUGCCACGGGGCCAGAUCGUGGCCCUCCUUCAAAACAAGGACACCAAAGGCAACAGCAGCCGCUGGCUGGUGGACACUGGGGGACAUCGAGGGUAUGUGCCAGCUGGGAAACUGGAGCUGUACCACGUCGUCCCCAGUGAAGAGAAGCUCGGGGAGCAGGCGCGGCCUCAUGGGGACUCCCGACAUCUAACACCAGAGCCCGCCCCAGCCCCAGGCCCCUCUGUCCCAACCAGGACCCAGGUGGUCGCCGUGUACCCCUUUGUGGCCCGGAGCAGCCAUGAAGUGAGCCUGCAGGCAGGCCAGCCCGUGACCGUCCUGGAGGCCCAGGACAAGAAGGGGAACCCGGAAUGGAGCUUCGUGGAGGCGAACGGGCUGCAGGGCUACGUGCCUUCCAGCUUCCUGGCCAGGGCCCCGAGCCCGGCACCCUGGGGCUGGAGUCUGCCCCCCUAGGGAGCCCUCCUUGGAGCCCAUGUCGUCAAGGGAGGGGGAGGAUUAGAGGCUGCGAGCCUGGGACAGAAGAGAAGCAAAGAGCAGCAGGGUGGAAGGGGAGACCAGGCCAGGGCGGGGCGAAGGGCUCCCAGGAGGCGGCGGGAGAGGUGGGCACGCCUUGCAGAGAGUCUGGUGUGGAUGGCACGACAGGCCCCAAGCGGGGCGGCUCUUGGUGACUCCAGAAGGAGGUGGUUCCAACCUGGAGUCACAGCAGCCUGGGUAGCAGGUCAAGUUAAGGAUUUGUCGUAGCUUACCUGUGCCCUGACCUGGGCCUGCCCGUUGAGCGGGUCACCCAGAAUGUCACUGGUGUGUGCGCAGGGAGGGGUGCUGGAGAAGCCCAGGCCUGCCUGGCCAGACACUUCACUUCCCACACGGGGUGUCAGUAGGCACCACAGCCAACCAGCCAUCUUCCGUUUCUCUGCGCUGGCAGCUGAGCUAUGCUGAGCAGCGAACCCCUGGGAGCCCUGUCUAGCCGGGGAGCGGGGCUUGUCGGGGCAGUGGAGAGGUUCCCAGGACACGCUAGCCUGGGCCUGGGAGUGGGUGCGACCAAGCCACAGCUCUGGAAUGUGUGUAGUCAAUUCAGAGCCUGUUCCAGGGAAGAGGAGAUUUGGAGGGUGUGUUAAAUGGGGGCGGGGUGGGAGGUUGUUGCCAAGCGGUUGUGCGCUGUCACUGUGUUCUCUGAACCAGAGAUAAAGGAGCACGCCAGUCACAAAGGAAGCUCUGAAGCAGGUGAGCACAGCCCUGGUGGGUGGGGGAGAUUAGGUAAGAGCUUGGGUUCCUUUCUCUGGAAGAGGGGGAACCAGGGGAACCCCGGGGGUGUCAGGAGGCCACCACGGGCCUGGAGGCAAGGGUAGACAUGAUGUCAGUUGGCUGUGGGACCUGAGACACAGGGCACAGCCUCAUUUUUCCCAUCCGUACAGGCCUGACUCACAGGGCUGUGUCGAGAAUGGCGUGAGGCUAAGGAUGUGGAAGCUCCCGGCGGAUUGUGAAGUGCAUAUAAAUGUCAAUUGCCAUUGGCCCCAGCAUCAGCGUUCACGCUGCCCCUUCCUGUGCCCAGGGCAGACGUUGUUCAUCAACGUGGCAUCCUUUCCUGUCACCCAGGAUCUACCGCUGGCUCCUUCUCAAUAUUGCUUUCUGGGUAGCCAAACUCUUGAGCUUGUCAUCCCUUUCUAGAACCUGGAAAUGGAAACCUCCCCAUAAAAUAAGACCCACUGGGGCAAUUUUGGGUGCAGCCACUGGUGAAUCAUCCCUAGGAUGUCGCCUUGGGCUAAGAUAAGUUGCAAGACUCACAGGAGAACAAGAAGGUGACCCCACAUGAUCUUUAAUACAAAUGACAAAAUUUGGGACUAACCCAGGUUAGGGUGUAUCUAAAAACAGGUGUCAGUUAAGACUUACUUCCAAGAACAUCUCUGUGUUGUUAUACCUGUAGUGCCUAUAACCGUGAGCUCUGGGUUUUAGAGGGCUUUUAAGAAUAUAUACACACGUCUGUGUCAGACGGUCUGUAGCUUACCUCCUUUGGGCUUGUGAAAGCGUGAAGAUUGCAUAAUACAAGGGGAACUCAGUGCCCACAAUCCCUUUCUCAGCCCCAAAUUCAUGUUACAAGAUGCUCUUGACUCAUUUUCCUUUCUCGUUUCUUCUCAGAUUUCUGAUACAAAUAGGGAAGCACAAGGGAGUAGAUAGUACAAUAAGAAAUCCAUUUGUGGUUCCACAAUACCUACUGAGAGCCCACUGUGUGCUAGAGCCCCGGCGCAGGGUUUCUCAACGUGCCUGCUCAUUGCAGUCCCGGGGGCGGCUUUCAGCUGUGGCUGACACCGGGACCCCAUCCGGAGAUUCUGAUGUGAUUGGUCUGGGGAGUGGCCUGGGCCUCCGGGACUCAGAAAGCUCUCCCGGUGCUUAGCGUGUGGCCAGGGUUGGGGACCUCUGCCCUAGGCACGCAGUGGUGGACGCGAGAGACCUGGGGUCAGAAAUGGGUAUAAGCUGUAAGCAAGGAAGAACCCCCUCUGAGCUUUGUACUGGCUCAGAUGUUUUGAACAGGCAGCUUUAGAGGUGGUUUGAAAUAGGACAGCCUGUUUGGUCAGGUCCCGGAAUGUAUAUAUAUUAAGUGCCAUUAAAAGGGAACGGAACAAAAUUGGAUGUUCUUGUAGGCACCAGGGAGAAAACUGAAAUAAACUUGGAACCAAAUUGAUCUCAUCAAGGGAAAAUAAAAAUGUAUUCAGUAGCACAUGGCUUAUGGUUUCUUGUGGACUGCGGAUGAGAUUAAAAGUCACUGGAGGGUGAGAAAAUGCGUGCUGAGAAGAUGGAGAAUGGCCUGAAUUUUCUCCAGGGGACUCUGUGUAACGUGCCCUUUUUUUCCCCCAAAUGCCUAGAACCACUGCACUGUGUCUUAUUUAUUUCACUCUUGAACUUGCUGAAGUAUUUGCCAGUGAACUGAACAGGGCUUCUAAGAGCUGAAGACUGAUUCACCCUUGCUCCCUGCAGUGGAGUGAGACCUCUUAGACCUUUUGGGCUCCAGCCCAGCUCUGGACAUGUGAAAAAGAUUACAGUAUCAGAGGAAAGAUGCGUGGAUUCUUGGUUAAUAUGAUGAGCUCUAGCUUGGUGAAUAACUGAUGUGAACUACUGAGAAUAAAGGA